AUGAUCAGCGAAAUGAUCCGAGAUAAAAAUGAAAAUCUCGAUAAAGUCAUCAAAGAUUCGUUUCACGCAUGGAGAGAGUUUUUUAAUUCUAAAUUUAACUAUGAGGAGGCAUCCAAUGUCCCGGACUAUGACGCAUUUAGAGUUGAACGAUUGCAAUUGCAAACCACUAGCCGAGCAGAAAAUAAUCUAUAUAGUUCACAAGGAGAUAGAAUGGUUCAGUGGCUUGCUCGAUUGGGAGCGCCGAUGCUGAGGCUCGAUUCCCCGCAGUACAAACCUGUACAAAAAUCAGGGUGA